UUCCCCCAACCGCCCCCAACAACAAUAAAUAGAAGACAAGAGGCAAAAACAAAGUUGAACUUUCACAAUGAUGUGUUUUCAUAUGGAUUUAAAAACUUCUUACUCAGAUUGGUUAUUUUCUGUGCAGUGUCUAUCAAAUAACAAAAGAGCAGCUUUAACAGAGAUAAUUGAUGUGUUACGAGCUGUGUGUCAUGCGCAUAGUUUGCCACUGGCAUUGACAUGGAUCCCCUGUUAUUAUAGUGAGGGGAUAGGAGAUGAAGCUUCAAGAAUACGGAUUAAAGAUGGGCGUAAAAUUCCUGGUGAAAAAACUGUACUAUGCAUUGAAGAAUCAGCUAGCUAUAUAAAUGAUAUUGUGGUAGGAGGAUUUGUUCAUGCAUGUGUUAAACAUUAUCUCGAGGAAGGGCAAGGUGUAGCUGGGAAAGCUCUUCAAUCAAAUCGUCCAUUCUUCUAUCCCGAUGUGAAGGCCUAACUUGUACACCAUGCGUGAAAAUAUAAGUUGAAUGCUGCCGUUGCAGUCAGGCUAAGGAGUACUCAUACCAAUGAUGAUGAUUACAUAAUAGAAUUCUUUCUACCUGUCAAUAUGAAUCGAAGUCAAGAACAGCAACUUUUAUUAGACAAUCUAUCAGGUACUAUGCAGAGAAAGUGUCAGACUUUGAGGAAAGUUUCGGAUGCUGAAUUAUACGGGAUAGAAGGCUCGAGUUUUUCCUGUAUGUCCUUGACAAACAAUGAAACUGAAACUGCUCAUAACCAGGAUAUGGAGGGAUCAAGAAAGCAGAUUGAGAAAAAGAGAAGUCCAGUGAAGAAGAAUGUUAGCUUGAGUGUUCUCCAGCAAUACUUCUCUGGUAGUCUUAAAGAUGCGGCUAAAAGCCUUGUUUGCCCAACAACCCGGAAAAGGAUAUGCAGGCAACACGGAAUUGCAAGAUGGCCAUCGCGCAAGAUUAAUAAAGUUAAUCGUUUAAAAAAAAUACAAACCGUGCUUAACUCGGUCCAGGGUGUGGAAGGAGGACUGAAGUUUGAUCCUUACACGGGGGGACUUAUGUCAGGUGGAUCAAUCAACCAAGAAAUUAAUGCACGUAAAAGUUCUCUCUUUCAGAAGAAAUGUUCUGUAAAACAUCCUGAUCCUGCAGCGAAAGAUGCAGUCACCAUAUCUCCGGCAUUUGGAAGCAAAGCUUUUUCUGUUGGUGUAGAUUCAAAACCAAUAGCCAAGGAUGAUGGUGGAUUAUGCCAGGAACCCUUUCCGGUUUCUAUUUUGGAAAGUUCUAGAUGUGAUGUAGCAUAUCAUAGUCCAAACUCCCUGGUUGCUGAUGAGAUGGAAACUUAUCUGAAUGGGGCUGACAAGCUCGGCGAGCAUCACAAUCCUACUACUUCAAGCAUGACAGACUCGUCAAAUGGAAAUUUGAGAAUCGGAAACAUUUGAAAGGAAAAUCACCUUGUGUUGAUAGUGGAUAAAAAAUUAUUGUCAAAGCUGCCUACAAAGAAGAUAUGAUCCGUUUCAAGUUUGAUCCUGCAGCUGGUUGUCUCCAGCUCUAUGAAGAAGUUGCAACAAGAUUCAAAUUACGAAUCGGAUCUUUCCAACUCAAGUAUCUCGACGAUGAAGACGAAUGGAUGAUGAUGGUAAAUGACUCAGAUGUGGAAGAAUGCAUAGAAAUAUUGGAUGAUCUUGGCACCCGUGCUGUGAAAUUUCUUGUUUGCGAAAUGCCUAGUGGUUUGAGCAGCCGUGGAUUUAAAACAAUUUAAUUAUCAACAAAGAUAUAAUACUUAUAUUGGUCUCUAAAGUUACAACUUAAUUUCAAAAAUUUCGAUUUACU